AUAUUGUCGGGGUUGCCAUCUUGGGACUAUAAAACAUGAAACAGGUACUAAUUUUGCACAACACAAAUAAUAUUUGAUAUCCAAUCCUCACAUCAUUCCCAACGGUACAGAGUCAACAUGGAUCAUUGCCCGACUGAAUGUAGAUAGUUUUGAUAUAGUAUAACAUGGAACCUGACCAACCGUCGCAGCAAACGCUGCCUUUUAAAACAAUAGCCACUACAACGAGCAACUCCUGGUGGCCAUGCAAUGUGCCAGUUGGCAAGAAAGCACCUGUAGUACACAAGUCUCAGGCGGCAUAUCCGACGGUGAUUAGCACUUGGCAGGUUUAUGUGCGUGCAUCUCCGAGCCUGUCUGUAUUAUAUGGCGGAGACGACGAACUUUUGCGGACAACAUCGCCAGACGAUCAAAUGUCCCCCCCUACCCAAAUAACCAUUCCAUCAAACGGGGGCAACGCCCGACACACAACAUGACAAACAUCUGGCUGAUCCAAGAUUUGACCUCAGUUUUGCGCCCUCGGGCAGAUGUAGGUGUGUGUCUGUGUUGAACAUAGAGGCAUCGUCAUGUGGUCUAGCAGUUUUGGAUGCGCAAAGCAUGCUCAUAGUUCUCGCCACCGGAGGCACGACAAUGGCUUCUCAAUCCGAGUGAGCUUCGCUAAGGCGUCGUCACCAUCUGGAUGACGCGAUGGAAUAAGGGUGGCGGCCUCGUGGCGCCUGUUAAGACAGGACUUUGUUUCGAUUGGGGCGAGAAAGCGGCCCGUUGGGCAGAGUGCUCAUGGUGAGCUCGCCAGGCUCUGUCAUCAGAGCGAUGCCCUUCGCACACUGGACGAUGCCUCAAAAUGGUGGUGGCAAUUAGGCCACGCAGCUAAGAGCUGCUAGCAUUACGAAG